UGACAAUAUUAUGUGUAUCCAAACAAAUAUAAAAUGUUGUGUUACCAGUUUCCAAAAAAAAAAUCUAAACAUGGAGUACUAUUUUUACAAUACAUACAAGAUACAAGAGAAAAAGUUGGAAAAUAACUUUAUAAGUAUAUAUAAACACAUUUACAUGUGAAUAUGUGAUGUAACAGAUGUCAAUUGUUAAUAUGGAUUAGAAUUUAAUUGACAUUGAUUAUUUUUAUAAAAAGGGGUCCUUCAUUCUUCUCUUUUCCCUCCCUAAUUUUGUGGCCUCAUAACAUUCGUGCUGCGCUAUAUCUAAGCCAUCAUCUCCUCCUUUCUCUCUCUUAAUUUUCUUUUCUUUUCUUUUCUUUUCAAUCUAUUUCACCGUUACCAAUAAUCAAAUAGUAGUAUAUUCUUCUUCUUCAAUAAAUUCUGGGUUUUGUUUUUUAAAAUAAUAAUAAAAACCUUUUGUUUUCAGAAAUUUCAGAAUUAUGAGGUCUGAUACAAUUUCUGAUGCUCGUGUUUGCGGGCGUAACAGGAAUUCUUCCAAGAAGAAAAGGGGGAGCAAACAUGGGAAAUCAAAACAGAACAAGGUCGAUGUUACAAGAGAUCAAAGAUUAUCCCAAGUGGACAACAAUGUCAUUGGAGAAUUCGAACUUUCUCAAUCCAUUCCAAAUGGCUGCAAGGGGGACACAGCACAGGAGCAGGACAGUCUGGCUGUAAAUACAAGAAAACACGAGGAUGAGAUACCGAUAUCAUGUACUGAUGAAGCUGUGUCCCGGAUGAAUGGUUCGAGUAUCAGAAGAUUUUAUCACAAUAGCAGUAGUGCCAGUUGCUCUAGUAGUUGCUGUGACAUAGAUGAGAGGUGUUUAGAUGAUUGGGAAGCUGUGGCAGAUGCUUUGACAGCAGAAAACAGGCAGACUUCAGAUAUGGAACACCGUGCUUCAGAAACAGAAUCUGCUGGUGUAAAUUGUCGGUAUCAGGGAAACAGUCGCGCUUGGAGCCUGUAUGAUGUUGAUCGUCCUAGAAGUUUGCCUGGUCUUCCAAAACUGCAGCAGUAUAAUCAAAAUCAGCUGCCUUCAGAACACUGCUUUUCGAGUGGACCUUCUGCUUGUCCGAUUUGUUGUGAGGAUUUUGAUGUUACAGACUUGAGCUUCUUCCCUUGCCCCUGUGGUUUUCAGCUUUGCCUGUUCUGUCACAAUAAGAUACUCGAGGUAGAUGGCCGUUGUCCUGGCUGCAGAAAGCAGUAUGAUUCUGUAAAUGCUGAUGCAGAUUUAGAAGUUCAGCCGAAUGAUCCUUGCAGCAAGUACACAUGGUUUUAAGAGACUUGUUCUGUAGAUCAUGCGGUGUAUAUGAGGAGUUUAUUUCGUGUUUCCUGAUACUUUACAAAGUUCGACUUGACUGUGUUUUUCUUAAGAUACCUAUAUCAGUGAGAUGAAUUAGCUGAGGGACUAUGUUAGACCUGUGAAGCAUUCAUUUCUUGGUGAUGUUUCCAUAUGCUGAUGUAUGGAUUUUAACACCACCAGAGACUAGUUAACAAGAUUACCAUCUUUGUCCAUACAUUGUUGCCGUGCCUUAUUGACCCCCUAGACAGACCUUAGAAAAGCUACUUAUAUCCGUACAUAUUAGUUAUCGUACUAUUCCGUAUGUUCAUUAGCUGUUGUACAAUCGGUAUGUUGAAAAUGUGAACUUUUUACGAACACCCUAAAUAAAUGUGAGUUUACCCUUGACAA